AUGCAACGUGCUGAACAGAUUAUGUUGCAAUCUACUAUUAAACAAGAAUAUGAUCAAUUUAAUGAUGAUAUUGAUGAUGAUGAGCUUUGUAAAGCAUGGGAUGAAUUAUACAAUAGUUCACAGGUACUACAAUCUCAACAAAACAAAUUAAGUAAUAUUGAACAAAAUGAAAAUUUAAUACAAAAUAGUAAUAAUGGUUUAAAACGUAAACGACUUGGUGUAUCAACCACACCGAAUGAAUGUCGUACGAUAAUUAAAAAACAUUGA